GAACCCACAGCCUCAUUUGUUGACAAGAAAAAUUGCCUCUAUUCAAACGAGCCCACUGGCCCAUGGUUGAGAGUGGGUUUACACAAUGCAAUUUACAUGUCAAACGAAAAUGAAAAAGGAUUGUCCACGCUUGAGAGAUCAUGGAUUGUGACAGAGCAAGGCUGCGCCUCCUGGUACGCUUACGUACGUACACCCAGUUACGAAAUGACUGCACGAUUUACAAUUGUGGAUUUUUAUAUAAAACGACGAACGGCAGUCUAUGGUUGAACAACGAAUACUGAAGUACGACUUUACCGUGAAACGCAUCUUUGAAUUUCCCAGGAAUUAUACAUCUUAGGAAUCUGGUGAACAUUUUUACGAGUAUCUGGCAAUCCAGUACGAUUUGCGUCCCUGCCGUUUCCGCUGGCGGAUACAGGCAUUGGUGACGGUACGGGAAAUACCGCACGUACUUGUUGAAUCGCAAUAGGUGUACGGAGGACCGGUCACGAUGGAAUAUUAUCGAAGUGGAAUUAUGUAUGUUGCAGUUACCAUUGCGCUGGCGCUCUUGGGAACCGUUCAAGCUCAAAACGCAUGUCUGAGCAACCCUUGCAACGGGAGGGGGACUUGCUACGAGCGACCCGGUAGGAAUCCCGAUUUUGCCUGCGAGUGCGUCGACUCUUACAUGGGCUACAACUGCAGUGUUACAACAGGUUUGUUCCUUUUGCACGAUGUCCAGCGGUGUUUUGACUGGCCCAACAGUUGCUCCAUCAAUACUUUCCAGUCGCCCAAUUACCCAAACACAUACACCCGGCUUCACAACUCAUUCUACCAGCUCUACGUCCCCUCAGCCAACUCAAUCACCCUCACCUUCGCCAACAUCUUCAAUGUCGAGGAGAACAACAAGGAUGAUUUGUACAUCGGGACGGGGCUGGCAUUCACCGAUGACGUGCUGUUGACCAACGUGUCGGCGGGCCAGUUCCCCUUGCGCUUUGCCGGCACCGUGGCCCCACAGCCGCUGACCAUCGACUCGGAUACCAUUUGGAUUCUGUUCGCUACCGAUAAAAACCAGGAGUUCAGUGGUUGGAGUGUGACCUGGACAGCGGCUGUUGAUCCAUGUUUUUGGACGCCGUGCCUCAACGGGGGCGUCUGCAUACCCAACUACGCCCUCAACAGCUACACUUGCCAGUGUUCAUCCUGCAGAAGAGGGACCAGAUGUGAACUUGCAUUCGAUCUUUGCGCAAGUUCCGAUCCUUGCCUGAAUGGAGGAGAAUGUUUCCAGAGCGUGGACUGCAGAUCAACGUUCUGUCGAUGCACUGAGUGUUUCCAAGGGAUCACAUGCCAGGAACGUAAGAACCAGUGUAUGAACCCCAGCAAUCCUUGUCAGAAUGGUGGUACCUGUAUCCCCCAGGGUAUGGGCUGUGGCACGGGAGACCUCAUAUGUCAGUGUCCGACGUGCUUCCAAGGUCCCCGGUGUGAAACGCCGGUGGAUAUCUGUCAGGUCAACAAUGUUUGCCAGAAUGGCGGCCAGUGUGAAAUGGACGAUACUUGCUCCCAAACCUCUUGUGUUUGCACUAACUGCUUCACAGGCCCUACGUGUAACAUUUACCAAGAUGCCUGUGGCAGUUUCCCUUGUCUCAAAGGAGGGCAGUGUGUUGUCAGUCCGUCCGACUGCCAGGAUUUCACCUGUAAUUGUGAGGGCUGCUUUGAGGGCGACAGGUGCCAAACAGCUCUGAACCCGUGUGCCCCCAAUCCAUGUGUCAAUGGCUUCUGCAGGGGGUCUACCACUGGCGAUCCGUGCCGAGAACACGAAUGUGUUUGUCCGUUCUGCUUUGAGGGAACCAACUGCGAAAUCCCCAAGAAUCCUUGCAAUUCUUCACCCUGCGUUAACAGCGGCACGUGUGUACAGGAUCCUAACUUCUGCCUGGGCUUCUCCUGCGAAUGUCCAGCUUGCUAUGAGGGAGAAACCUGCUCAAUCCCUAUUGACCAGUGUCAGUUCAGUCCAUGCCAAAACGGUGGAGUGUGUAGCAACGAUCCCAUCGACUGUAGCAGCUACACAUGCACGUGUCCCGUCUGCUUCAAUGGAAAUAACUGCGAAACCCGUAUUGAACAAUGUUCUCCCAAUCCGUGCAACAACAAUGGAUUCUGCUCACCGGUGGGCUCAUCAUGUGAAGAUUAUACUUGUACUUGUGUCAGCUGCUACACUGGUCCUACAUGCGACACAUUGCAAGAUCCGUGCAGUGUCAACCCUUGUCAGAACGGCGGUACCUGUAACCCUGUGUCAUGCUCAGAAUACAGCUGCAGCUGCAGUGGUUGUUACAGCGGUCAGAAUUGCCAGCUGUUGAGGGAUCCUUGUUCUCCCAGUCCAUGUCUCAACAACGGCGUGUGUUCUCCCGUGAGUGGAAGCUGCGAGCUGGCGACUUGCGACUGCCAGCUAGGCUGCUUUGAAGGAUUUUUUUGCCAGACAAUGAUUGAUCCGUGCAACCCUAACCCCUGUGAAUUUGGCGGUAGAUGUACCCCAGACCCUGUCAACUGUUCAGCCUUCACCUGCGAAUGUACAGGAUGUAAUACUGGGCCAACAUGCAGCCAAGUGUUAGCCCCUUGCGCCAGUGAUCCAUGCCAAAACAACGGGGUCUGUAGCCCUACCUCCUGCACUGAGUAUAACUGUAGCUGCCCCAUGUGCUUUGGAGGCACCAUGUGCGAAUCCAGAAUUGACCCAUGCUCAUCCAAUCCUUGUCAGAAUCAAGGCGUGUGUUCAUCGGUUGAGUCUUCGUGCUCCAUCUUUCAGUGUGCAUGCGCCGGAUGCUACACAGGGCCCACUUGUGAAAUUUUGCAAAACCCUUGCAAUAACCACGCGUGUCAGCACAAUUCCGUGUGUUUGCCAUCAGCGACAGUGUGUUCUGCUUACAGCUGUGAGUGUGAGGAUUGCUACACUGGACAGUUCUGCGAAAUGUUGAUUGAUCCCUGCAGUAGUUUCCCGUGUCAGUUUGGUGGUGCCUGCACUCGCGCUGGCUUUCCCAAUUGUAACGACUACACCUGUGACUGCCAGGGCUGCUUCAGUGGCCCCACAUGCGAAAUAGCUCUGAACCCAUGCAGUCCAAACCAGUGUCAGAAUGGAGCCUUUUGCUCGGUUACCUCCUGCACUACCUAUACCUGCACCUGCGUUGGCUGUUAUGAAGGUUCUGACUGUCAGAAUGUGAUUGACCAGUGUCAGCCCAACCCGUGUGAGAAUCAAGGUGUAUGCAGUCCGGUCCUGGGCUCCUGCAGUGCGUUCACCUGCUCAUGUCAGGGUUGCUGGACGGGGCUCAAAUGCCAGAUACCCCUGGAUCAGUGCAGUCCCAACCCAUGCUUCAACAACGGACUCUGCGUUCCCGACAGCAAUUCCUGUUCUAACUACACAUGUCAAUGUGAUAGCUGUCACACUGGUCGCUAUUGUCAAACUGAUGUGGACCCAUGUCAGAGUUCGCCGUGCAUGGUCGGAGUCUGCAGCAUCUCUACCGACUGUCUGAGCUAUGACUGUACAUGCCCGGGCUGUUAUACUGGCAAUAACUGCGAAACACUGUUGGAUCCCUGCAGCCCAAAUCCUUGUCAGAAUAGUGGGGAAUGCUCGCGGCGCGACGGCACAUCGUGCACUGAAGCCGUGUGUAUAUGCCAGCCCUGCUAUACCGGUAACAACUGUGAAAUUGCUCUGAAUGCUUGCGUUGAUAAUGGCAACCCCUGUUUGAAUGGAGGUACAUGUUCCCUCCUGCAAGGCUCCUGCUCACAGUACAUCUGUACCUGCGAAGGCUGCUACACGGGCUCUCGAUGUGCUACAUUGUUGGAUCCGUGCCUUGGUGACCCUUGUCUGAACGGUGCUUCAUGCCGCGCGACCUCGUGUACCUCAUUUGAAUGUGUCUGCAGUGGUUGCUGGCAAGGUGACCGAUGCCAAGAAUUUAUCAACCAGUGCCAAUCCAAACCUUGCAACAAUGAAGGCUUCUGUAGGCCAGUGGCCAACUCCUGCGACCAGUAUGAAUGCAGCUGUGCUUUGUGCUUUACGGGACCUACAUGCGAUACCCCAAUUGAUCCGUGCAUCAGUAAUCCUUGCCAGAAUUUUGGCACCUGCAGCACGGCCCCAAACGCUUGUACCCAGUACAUCUGCACGUGCCCCACAUGCUACCGGGGAACAAACUGUGAAAUUUUCCAAGACCCGUGUGACACUCAUUCAUGUCAGAAUGGCGCCACUUGCCAAUCGGUUGCCGGCAACUGUGGUGACUACACCUGCUCCUGCCCAUCCUGCUACACCGGGCAAUACUGUGAAACAAAUAUCAAUCCUUGUAAUAGUUUCCCGUGCCAGUCGGGUGGUACCUGUACUCGUGUGCCCAAUACCUGUGAGGAUUAUACAUGUAGCUGUCGGGAUUGCUAUCAGGGAACCAACUGCCAAGUGUUUAUGGAUCAGUGCAACCCCAACCCUUGCCAGAACAACGGCUUCUGCACUGGGGUAACAGGGACCUGUGAUCAGUACCAAUGCCAGUGCCAACCAUGCUUCAGUGGGGAUGAUUGUUCCACAAGGCUUGACCAGUGCGCACCCAACCCAUGCCAAAACCAGGGGAUAUGCCAACCGGUCGGGUCCGUCUGCGUGGAUUACUUGUGCCAAUGUCCGACUUGCUAUGAAGGAACACUCUGCGAAAAUCGUAUCGACCAGUGUGCCACUAACCCCUGCCAGAAUGGAGGAACUUGCGUUCCAGAGCCUAACUCCUGCUCAGCAUAUACGUGUCAGUGCCCUGGUUGCUACGUUGGAUCAGCGUGUCAAAUUUUGCAAGAUCCAUGUGGGACUCAGCCAUGCGUGAAUGGUGGUACUUGCUCCAGGCUAGGCGGCACGUCCUGCACCCAGUUUGAGUGCGCAUGUCCGUCGUGUUUCAGAGGCGACAGAUGCCAAGAAACAAUCAUUGCCUGUGAACAGUCCCUGUGCCAGAACAAUGCUGAGUGCGUCAACUCCAACGAGGUUGGCAACUGUGUGGACUACACGUGCUCCUGUAGGGGAUGUUUCCAAGGAACCUUCUGCGAAACACCCAUUGAUCCCUGUAUAAGCUCUCCAUGCCAGAGUGGCGGUACAUGUAGUCUGCGACCAAAUUCCUGUACCGAGUACACCUGUAACUGCCCUACGUGCUACGUAGGCACUCACUGUGAAAUAUUUCUCAAUCCCUGUCAGGUCAACCCUUGUGCUAAUGGUGGUAGCUGUAGAGCCACAUCGUGCAUUAGCCAAACAUGUGAUUGCACAGAUUGCUACGAAGGCCAAAGCUGUCAAACUCGGAAGAACCAGUGUGAGCCCAACCCGUGUGCCAACAACGGACUGUGCGUUCCUGAUGCCAAUUCCUGCGAGACUUUCACUUGCCAGUGCAAUGGCUGCUUUAGCGGUGAUCGCUGCCAGAAUAAUAUCAAUCCGUGUCAGCCCAACCAAUGUCAGUCCGGCGGAGCAUGCAGUCCGCUACCUGGUGACUGCUCCCGUUAUUCAUGUGACUGCCCAGCAUGCUACCAAGGUGCUAACUGCCAAGACCGGAUUGAUUUGUGCCAGACGUCCAACUUUUGUCUGAACGGAGCACCUUGUACCCAGAGAUCAGACUGUUCUGGUAUUAAUUGCACAUGCUCGCCGUGCCACACUGGAGAUUACUGUGAACAACGUAUCAACUAUUGUGCAAGUACUCCAUGCAUGAACGGAGGUAUCUGUUUGAAUGAGUGCCCUGGUUAUAGCUGCCUGUGCCCUGCAUGUUGGACUGGCCCCAAUUGCUCCAUACCGGUUACUGCCUGCACUAGUCUGCAGUGUCAGAAUGGUGGAGUGUGCCAGGAAUACUGUACCUAUGCAACCUGCAACUGUCCGACGUGUUAUGUGGGCACCAAUUGUCAAACCAGAUUGGAUGCGUGUGCAGGCAACCCAUGUGUGAAUGGAGGCGCAUGCAUACAGUCCCCAGACUGCCUAACUUUCACCUGCGAUUGUCCCAACUGCAUAACAGGAGACAACUGCGAAAAUAUCUAUAAUCCCUGCUCGUCUCGUCCGUGCCAGAACAGUGCCAUUUGUGUUCCAGAUUCUGCCAACUGUGCAGCAUAUACCUGUUUGUGUCAGGGCUGCUGGGAUGGCACUCUAUGUGAUCUAGAAAUCAACGCUUGUGAUCCCAACCCCUGCAUGAACUCUGGGCAGUGUCUACGCAGUCAGAGUGCAUGUGCAGACUAUGUGUGCCAGUGCAACGGCUGCUAUGAUGGGGACCAGUGUCAGAACGAAAUCAAUCCAUGCCAAAGUAAUCCCUGCCAGAACGGUGGUGUUUGCAACAGGAGAGCAGAUAGCUGCUACUUGCACACCUGCGCCUGCCCCGACUGCCACCAAGGAGCUAACUGUGAAAUCGUUGUUGAUCCUUGUGAGAACAAUCCAUGCGAGAACGGUGGCGCGUGUCAGCGUGUGCCCAAUUCAUGCACAGGGUAUAGAUGUCAGUGCACAGAAUGCUUCCAAGGUCCACUAUGCCAACAAGCUGUUGAUCCUUGUUCAAGCUUCCCUUGUCUCAACGGUGGUCAAUGUGCACCAUCCAGCAUGUCCGGUGCCUCAUGUCUGGCCUACGAGUGCACAUGCAGUAGUUGUUUCACUGGGAGUACCUGUUUAACAUAUGUGCACACCUGUGACCAGAAUCCAUGCCAGAAUGGAGGAUUUUGUCGUCGGGUGGACAACUCUUGCACAAAUUAUGCCUGCACCUGUAACGGCUGUUUUCAGGGCGUUAACUGCGACAUCCCGCUUGACCCUUGCAGUAGUAACCCAUGCCAGUUUAGUGGCGUUUGCAUACAGGAAUCAUGCACGCAGCAUUCUUGCUCCUGUCCCUCGUGUCGCACGGGUAUCAACUGCGAAAUUGCUGUGAAUCUGUGUCAGACACAGAACUAUUGUCUGAACGGGGCCACCUGUUUACAACAGAAUGCUUGUACGAGUAUCCUGUGUAUAUGCGAUGCCUGCCACUCCGGCCAAGCCUGUGAAGAACUCAUUGAUUCCUGUCAGCAAAACAACCCGUGUCAGAAUGGUGGGACUUGCCAGAGUAAUUGUCCCGACGUCAGUUGCAUCUGCCCACCCUGCUGGACUGGAGAACAUUGUACUAUUCCUGUGGACCUGUGUCUCAGUAACCCGUGCAAUAACGGAGGCCGUUGCGUCAAUUACUGUUCCUACUAUGUCUGUGAAUGCACCUCGUGUUGGAGUGGCGACACCUGCCUGUCAGAGGUAGAUCCGUGUCUGAACCAGCCGUGUCUGAACGGAGGCAAUUGUCAGAAGACCGACAACUGCACCAGCUACUCCUGUACCUGCCUUGACUGCUUCACUGGUUCCCAUUGCCAGACAUAUAACAAUCCCUGUGUUCCUAGCCCAUGUCAGAACAAUGGCAUUUGCAGUCUAAACCAAGGCCUGUGCUCUCCACCUACCUGUGUGUGCUCUGGCUGCAACACAGGAGAUUUGUGUGAAAUGCGUCUUAACCCCUGUUCACCCGAUCCGUGCAGCAAUGGAGGCAGGUGCAUUGAAACCUCCUGCAAUGAUUUCAUCUGUGUCUGUGAAGGUUGCAACACAGGCCGGUUGUGCGAAGCAGAUAAUGACCCUUGUAGAGUCAACCCCUGUGAAAAUGGGGGCAUGUGUGUCCGAGACCCGUCCAAUUGUGCAGCUUUCACAUGCAGCUGCCCGACCUGCUUCACAGGAAGAUUCUGCGAUCAAAGUGUUAAUCCAUGCUCCCCGAAUCCUUGCCUGAACAACGGCAACUGUUACCAGUUUCUGAACGACUGCACCAAUCACUUUUGUGAGUGCAACGGUUGUUUUGGCGGAAGCGACUGCAGCAUACCCUUGAAUCCCUGUGUUUCUAACCCCUGCAAGAACUCUGGCUUCUGUCAACCCACGUUAGCCGACUGUAAUGUCUACGAGUGCUUCUGUAACGGUUGUUGGGAAGGUCCUACGUGCGAAGAUUUUAUCGAUCCUUGUGCCAGUAGCCCUUGCAAGAGGGGCGGAGUCUGCACCCCCCUGUCUUGCACUGAGUUCAAUUGCGCGUGUAACAAUUGCUCACGGGGACCCACGUGUGAAGAAGAGGUUCACCAGUGUAGGGGUGCUCUCAAUCCCUGCGUCAACGGAGGAACUUGUUUGGAGUUACCCGACUGUUUCUCGACCAUCUGCAUCUGUGAUGAAUGUUUUGGGGGAACCUAUUGUGAUGUCCCCUUCGAUAGUUGCCAGAACCACCAGUGCAUGAACGGAGGUGUUUGCAACAACCGCUGUCCGGGCUAUACCUGCACGUGUCCAGUAUGCUGGACUGGAGAGUUCUGUGAAAUUCCUAUUGAUCUGUGCGUUAGUGGUCCUUGUCUGAACGGCGGCACCUGCAACAACCUGUGCACCGGCUAUAACUGUCGAUGUCCGCCAUGCUUCCUGGGCUUCAACUGUCAAACAUACGAAGGAGGUUGUACCAACAACCCAUGCCAGAACGGAGGCAGUUGUAUGGAGGAUCCGUUUGCCUGCAAUCAGUAUAUCUGCACAUGCCCUCGCUGCUACACUGGGCCAACUUGUAAACAGGUUCUUGACGGAUGUGCUUCAAGCCCAUGUGCCAAUGGCGGAAUGUGCUACAGGAGUCUUACGAACUGUGAAGGUUUUUUGUGUGUGUGUGAAGGAUGCUGGACUGGGCCAACAUGUCAAAAUUAUUCUAGUCCUUGCUUGAGUCUUCCAUGUCAGAACAAUGGAGCCUGCACUACGGACAGCGCAUGUAGCGGCUACACCUGCACGUGCGAUUCUUGUUACACCGGAGAUCUGUGUCAAAUCCGCAAUGAUCCGUGUCAGAAUAACCCUUGUAUGAAUGGCGGAACAUGCUUCCAGAACCAUAACUCAUGCAACUCCUACCUUUGUCAAUGUCCUGACUGCUAUACUGGAGACCACUGUGAAAAUCUGCGUGAUCCGUGCGCUAACAAGCAGUGUAGUAAUGGAGGUCAGUGCAUCACUCUAUCCUGCCAGCACUCUGUAUGUGACUGCGUCGGUUGCUGGAGUGGACUAUUCUGCACCCAGUCGGUGAAUCCCUGCAUUUCUGAUCCGUGUCAAAAUGCUGGUCUAUGUCAGCCGGUAACCGGCACCUGUGACAGCUACACGUGUCAAUGCAGUGGCUGCUGGACCGGUGAUCUCUGCACCGUCCCAAUUGAUCCAUGUCUGAGCAACCCUUGCGGUAACAGCGGCACAUGCCACACCAUUCCCAGCAUGGAUAACUGCUCCACGUUCAUCUGUGUUUGUGAUUCCUGUUUGACCGGCACUCGCUGCGACCAGGUUGUCAAUCCCUGUGCUAGCAACCCUUGUCAGAACGGCGGUAUAUGUGAGUCUGGCAACGUGCCGGGCAACUUUUGCCCCGUACAUACGUGCACCUGCACCUCGUGCUGGACUGGGCCUCGCUGCGAAACACCUAUCAACCCAUGUGAUAAUCAACCGUGUCAUAACGGGGGUGAGUGCAAACAGAUUGUCAGCAGCGUACCCGGACAAUGCAACUCAUUCAGCUGUACCUGUGCAACGUGCUUCACCGGACCAAACUGCCUGUCGUAUGUAAACCCAUGUGCAACCAAUCCCUGUGUGAAUGGCGGUACUUGUGCCCAAGUGUCGGGAAACUGCGAACUAUCCGUGUGUCUGUGUCCAAUCUGCUUCAGGGGGAACAGUUGUGAAAUUGCCAAUGAUCCAUGCGACGCACAGCCCUGCCUUAAUGGGGGCACGUGCUACAUCAGUAGCACGUCCUGUACAUCGCGUACCUGCGUGUGCAACGAGUGCUUCACUGGAUCAGACUGCUCACAACUUAUAAAUCCGUGCAGUCCUAACCCAUGUCAAAAUGAUGGUGUGUGCUUGGCCGCUGGUCCUGGUUGCCUGGAUUAUACCUGCCAGUGUUCAGACUGCUACGAAGGCCCUGAUUGCUCCAUACCUAAGGAUCCGUGCGCUGGUAACCCGUGCCUGAAUGGUGGUCAGUGCUCACCAGCUCUCAUUGGUUCCCAGACUGAUUGUACGGCAUUCACUUGUAGGUGCAUAGACUGCUGGAUAGGUGCAACCUGUGCCGAAAUAUUUCAGCCGUGUGCUGCAAACCCUUGUCAGAAUGGCGGGACCUGCCAGCUUGUUGCAGGUAGUUGCUUCUCAUUCUCAUGUCUUUGCAGUGGAUGCAACCGAGGUAGCACCUGCACGCAAGUCCAAGAUCUGUGUGCCUCCAACCCCUGUGAGAAUGGCGGUAUCUGUACCCAGGACAGCACGUGCAGCCAGUAUUCCUGCCAGUGCUCAGGUUGUUACACUGGUCCAAACUGUGAGACAGAAGCGAGUGCUUGUGACAGCAGCCCAUGUGAGAAUGGUGGAACUUGCAUGGUUGACCCGAAUGAUUGCAGCCGAUUCACAUGCCAGUGCCCGUUUUGCUAUCAGGGUGACCCAACAUGCAGCACAGGUUUUGAUCCAUGUAGUGCAGGCGCAUGUCAGAAUGGUGCAGUGUGUGUUGCCAGUGCUACAAGUUGUUUCCAGUUUAGCUGUCAAUGCACUGGCUGCCAUACAGGACCAUUGUGUGAAACAUCUACCAGUAUUUGCAACACUACCGACCCUUGUAACAAUGGCGGCGUCUGUACCCUGAUUAAUAACGACUGCAAUAACUACAUGUGUGCAUGUCCGUCAUGCCGAACUGGCGAUAACUGUGAGAUUGAGAUUGACCCAUGUGCAGACAACCCGUGUGCCAAUGGUGGUAUGUGUAGCCGGGCUGGGGGCAGCAACUGCAGCGAUUACGUCUGCUCUUGUACGGGCUGCUGGGGUGGCAAAAUGUGUACAGAAUCUACCGCCUUCUGUGAUCAGGUGAAUCCCUGUGCUCGUGGCCCUUGUCUUACCCCAGCCGGUAACUGUCGUAGCUUUGAAUGUGUGUGUCCGUCUUGCUACACUGGUCUUUUGUGCGACAUAGUUAAAGACGUUUGUGAGACCAACCCUUGCAACAGUCGCGGGGUCUGCGUUCACAACUGUCCCAACGAAUUCUCCUACCGCUGUGACUGUAACGACUGCUGGACUGGUACAAACUGCACCACACGUGUCGAUCAGUGCGACUCAAAUCCUUGCCAGAACAACGGCGUCUGCCAGAAUUGGUGCACAUUCUACACCUGCGAUUGUCCACCAGGCUUCUCAGGAGCCAGUUGCGAACAAGAUAUUUGCAAUCCUAAUCGGUGUAACAACGGCGGCACCUGCACGCGUCUCGUCAACGGCUUCCGCUGUGAGUGUAAUGAGUGCAAUACCGGGCCUUUCUGUGAUAUCGAGGUGGACGUGUGCGGCAGCAUCCCUUGUAAGAAUAACGGGGUAUGUCGUAACAUGUGCUCUCAUUACGUGUGCGACUGUCAACCGGGCUGGGAAGGAGUGGAUUGCGGAAUUCGAAUCAACCAUUGCCUGAGUGCUCCUUGCAGAAACGGCGGUCAGUGCACCAGUAAUUCCAAUUCCUAUGUUUGCAACUGUCGUCAAGGCUUCACUGGCCAAAACUGUGACGUUGACAUUAAUGAGUGUGAGUUGAUGCCGUGUAUGAAUGGAGGAACGUGUCAGCAACUGCCAACCACCGGGUACCUCUGUAGCUGCAUGAAGGAUUUCAUGGGUCAAAACUGUGAAAUAUCCAUCGGAUGUGUCGUCAACUACACCCUUCCCAACAAUGGCACCAUUGCGAUAAAGUCUCCCAACUUCCCAGACAAUUACGGGGACGAUCUGAGCUGUCGCUGGCUUGUAGAGGUCUCCCUCGGUCGCCGCAUCCGCGUCAUUUUUGCCAAUUUCAGCACGGAGCUGCAUUAUGAUUGGCUGGAGGCCGGCAACGGGCUUGUGGCCGGUAACGUAGACUCACGCGUCAUUCGACACUCCGGCCUCGAUCCGCCCAGCAACUUCGUCACGAAGAGCAAUCAGCUGUGGAUCACGUUCACGACUGACACUAGCAAGACAGCCCAAGGUUUCAUGAUCGAGAUUAAGGACAAUGAUUUGGAAACUAACGAUCCCUGCGCCAGUAAUCCCUGCGUGAAUGGUGGGACCUGUCAAAAUAACAUUGAGAGUUUCGUCUGUGUUUGCCCCAUCAACUGGGGCGGUCUGCAGUGUCAGCAACAAACUUUCUGCAACCCCAACCCUUGUCAGAACGGUGGUACAUGCAACCAGAUGUCAGAUGGAACAACUACAUGUUCAUGUGAGGUCAGCUUUAGCGGUAGUCUCUGUGAAACACUGAUCACUGAGAUUUGCACGGAGGAUACUUGCUUCAACGGUGGAGUGUGCCUCACCGUGGGAGGCGUGAUCACCUGUAACUGUACCGCUGGAAGCACGGGAAGAUUGUGUGAGACUGAUGUGGAUGAGUGUGAGUCCUCUCCUUGUAUGAAUAACGGUGUCUGCAUCAAUGGAGUCAACCAGUUCUACUGUAGCUGUCCCAAUGCCUUCGCUGGGAUAUUCUGUGAAACAGUCGUGGCCUGUGUCAAUAGGCCUUGCUUCCAUGGCGGUGUCUGUGUGCCACGUGAUGAUGGCACUUUUGUCUGCCAGUGUGUUCCUGGUUACACCGGAACGCAGUGUGAAACGGAAAUUAAUGAGUGUGGCAGUAGCCCCUGUGUCAACAAAGGAACUUGCAUCGACCACCUGAAUGACUAUGAGUGUAUCUGUGAGGCUGGGUUCUUGGGGAAGAACUGCGAAACCAGAAUUGGCAAGGGUUGUUUGAACAACCCGUGCAAGAAUGGUGCUACGUGCAAUGACACAUCAGGAGAGAUUGUCUGCACAUGUCUGUCUGGCUUUGAAGGAACAACCUGUGAUAUCAAUAUCAAUGAAUGUCUGAGCAACCCAUGUAAGAAUGGUGGUUCUUGCACGGACGAGAUCGCCGGCUACAUUUGUGCCUGCCAGUCUGGCUAUAUGAGCUUUGACUGCAGCAUUGAUAUCAAUGAAUGUGACAGCGAUCCAUGUCAGAAUGCGGGCAUCUGCUCCAAUGGCAUUGACCAGUACAAAUGCAUCUGCAAGACGGGAUACUCGGGCACCAACUGUGAAAUCAAACCUGAUGAUAACCCCCAGCUACCAAAUGAAGGCGGCCUGGACGGUUUGCCCUUAGAACCCUGGUGGAUCGGCGUCAUCGCCGCCUUGCUGGUACUCAUCAUCAUCUUCAUUGUCAUUCUCAUCUGCACUUACCAACGCACCAAAAAACCCCGGGAGGUGGUCUACACGAAAACCGCGCCGCCGCCCAAAUCCAAAUUUAUCUCGCCGUAUAAGAGGUAAAAACCUCAUGUAAGCAGUCCGUGGUUUAUAAAUAGAAAGAGAACAUUUAAAAUGUAUUUCUGGUAUUAACACCAAUCACUCUGGACAGUGACUAGAUAGCAUUGCGAAUUGUUUUUUUUUACUAUUUUAAACAGUUCAUGUCAGGUAUAGAAUGAGUGAAACAUUAUUGCACAAUAGACAGAUUUAUCUGUUUAGAUACUGUUAGCCAGACUUGUUUGCCAGAAACACCAUCUUUGUUCGAGGUACAUGUUUAUGUAUGCCAAGAUAUUACUGAUUAACAUUGAGAUCGGAUAAGCUGAUGUGAUGGCUUACUCAGGACAAUUUGACAUGAAACUCACGACAUUCGUAUACAUGUAUUCUGAAAAUUUUGAAAUAUUGUAGCCGUGAGUAUUAGUACGCAGGGAUAGACUUAUAAAUAUUAACCUACAGAUAUUUUGUUUGUAUUUCAAGAACUUUUUAUAUUCAGUUUCGAGAGAAUUUUUUUCAAAUAGUGUUAUGUGUUUGUUGUUGUACCCUAGUUUAAACGUGUACCUUCGUAUUUUGAGGAUUUUUAAUAUUUUGAAUAUUGCUGUGGAAAAUUUUAUACCAUUGAAAAAUGUAAUCAGAAUAAGAUAAUUACUUACUUUGUUCUGAUGUUGUAGUUCAUAAAAAGAGUAUUUCCAUGUAAUAAAAACCAUAUUUUUUAUAACUUGUUAGGAUACUUUGUACAUAAUACAGAAAUAUUGAGGUUAUUGGAAAACUGUUUCGUAGUUUUGCAAAGAGGCUGUUAAGAAGUUUUGGAUUAAAAAAAAUAAAGUCAUGUCACAUUUAUAAGUGUUACCUAAAACAACGUGAAUCUUAGCAAUCAAAUCGAUUCUUUGCAGUCGGAAAAUCAAUUUGUAUGUUAAAUUUUCAAAAAAUUCACAGUUCAUAUGAAUUUUCAUUUUUUGUUAUUCGGUGUGGAUUUUAACGUAUUACUUUGAUCUGUAUUUGUUAUUUUUAUAUGCCCUUCACUACUAUUUUGUCUUUCCAGGUAUGCAAUUAAUACUUAUUUUAAUCCUUUUUAAAUUCUUCAGAAUUCUUCCGUGUUAAACUUAUUUUUGCAUCCCUUUAAAGAAUUUUGGGGGACAUUUACAUAUACCAGUCCUAAAUUCUGUUUGACCAUACCUCCAUAUAUACUCGUAUUUGUGUUAAAGCUUUUCAAACUACUUGUGUUUCCCAAGUAUUUGCCGGAAUAGUAAAAAUAAUAUCUUCUUGUGUCUCCAUUAUUUUAUGUGAUUUCGUUAAACUUCAUGUAUAUAGACACUUUCACAUGUCCAAACUAAAACAUAACUCGGAUUCAUAAAAAGGAAUUAAUGAAAGUGUUAAAAGUUUUAAAAGGUUUUAAAUUCAUCCUCAUUCCUAGUGUACACAACAAAUUGAUAAAAACCCAUCAGUUAUUGUCAUUUUCACUAGCACAGUUCUUGUGAUUGCUGUAAAGAAGGAAUGUAGUGAAACAAAUACAUGUACAUGACAGUGCUGAUAUAAACCUGAAAUUUGCAUACUGGCUCUUUUUAUUUGCAUACUGGCUCUUUCUUAAUUUGCAUUUAAUGGAUAUUCAUGUCAGAAUGCUUUAUGGGUAAUUUGUUUCGCAAUGUGUUAGCCUAAGGUUUAUAUAUAAGGUCCGAACACAAUUUCAUCAAGAGCCAGUUAGCUCAGUAGGACGAGCCCCAGGACUCGAGCCCGGAAGGUUCCGGGUUAAGGUCCUGGGUCCGUCCUGAGGAGCUUUUAGACUUUUUUAAAAUAUAUACUAAGUUUUCUGACAAAAUUGUGCAUGGGUGGGUGUUGAACCGGGGACCUUUGGGUAGGUAGCCCUAUGCUCUAACCACUACACUUCCGGGUUUUUCUUGCUAGAGUGAGGAUUCUAAUAAUUAAAACCCUUAGGUUGUUCUGACUUAAUCUCCAGAGAGAGUUGGAAGCUGAGGGGUAGAGGCCUUGGGGAUUGGGUAGGAAUUUGGGACUUGGUUUUCGCUGAUCAACUCACUCGGGGAUUUACUAGCUGGAUGGUCGAUACUUGUACUUUAUACUUAUACUAUUUAUCAAUCAUGUUCUGAGGGAAGUAUUAGCUUGUACUUAGCUGGGAAUUGAGUGUUAAUUUUUCAAGUCGUUUCUUUUAAGUGCUUCCAAGUCUGUAUAUCUGCUUCUUCAUAAUGUGAAAUUUAGGAAGAGAUGUUAAAGACAGGCACAUACAAAUGACAAGUGAUACGAUGAUAACAUGUUUUAUUUGUCAUACCAUGGUUUGGGAUUUAUUUCUGCAUUUGCUUAAAAAAAACCAGCAGUACACAUAUAUACAAAUAUGGGUUCAGUUAAUAUUCAAGCUUACAAUGCAUUUCAAUGGGAUGUAACGAUUUCUGUUAACAAUUUUAGUUUCACAUGACUGUAAAAGUAAAUUACAUAUCUUGGUAGUUUGUUUAAUUUAAAAAAAAAUAUAAUCAGUUAUGAAUUAAUGAUCAUUAUUUUUCCUUCAUGGUGUCGGGCAACAAAAAGACAGGUGCUACAAAAAUACACCGGAUUUUCAUACAUUUUUUCUCUCUAAAGUCUUCUCCAACUGUUUUUUUAAUUUAAAACAAUACUCAGAAUAUAGAGUGAAGUGCCUAUAAAGUAAAGUUAUCUUUUGAAAGCUUAAAAACUUCUUUUUUUUAAAGAACUACAUUUUAGAGGAAGCAAUUUAUUCACAUGGUUCAAACAGAAAGCAAAAGAAUUUCAAAACUUGCCCCCAUAAGGUUGAGAUUUGUUUUGCACAUUACAUUUUGAGGCAGUACUGUAGUUGUGAGUGGUACCACAAAUUAUUGGCAAAAUUCAGCAUUAGGCAUAAUACCUUUAACAUUUGCCAACCAUUAUAUUACUGGUAAUGUAUGUAGAACACAUACCAUGUACAUGUAUGCGGGGAUAUAGAAUUUGUGACGAUAAGCAAACUUAUAAUAAUAUUGAAGUGUCAUUAUGC